AUGGCUGCUGCUGGAGAUCAUGAAGGAAAGCAGGAGCAUCGUAAAGGCUCAUACGAAUGGAAAAAAGAAAAUUUGACUCCUGAACAAAUGAAGCGAACCCAGAACAAUGAAGGCCGAUUCAGUGGAAUUCCUGCUAUUCCUACUGAUAUUGGAUACGACAGUGGAAAAGAUAUCGGAGGUAAGAAGAAAAGUGGUGUCAUUUCCCAAGCAACAAGCAAUCCCGGCGUAAUUCUUGGAAUGGGUCUUACUACCCUUGCUCUGCUGGGCAUGUUCAAAUCUUCUUUCGUGGGGGACAAACUUGGUGCGCAGAAGUAUAUGCGUUACAGAAUCAUUGCUCAGUUUUUCACAGUAACAGCUCUUGUAGCUGGAGUUACCCUGUUCGGAUCAACUUAUGAAGACCCUAAUAUCAAAAAGCCAUCUCCUGCUGUAGCUUAA